GUCAAACGGGGUCCUAAUUUGGGUUCUCAAGUUUAGUAAAUAACACAGUUAGCAAGCAGAGCUGAAACGAAUUAAAAUUGAACACUGAAGGCGUUUGAGUUUAAAUAAAUCAUGGAUGAAAGUGAACUAGAGAGGAAAGCAGUGGAGGAGCUCCUUAAAGAAACUAGCAGAGCAAAAAUCCGUGCUGAGACAAUGGGUGCUACUGGAUGGAUGAAAUGUCCCCUGGGAAGCACAAACAAGCGCUUUCUGCUAAACACUCUUCGUUCCACUGCUGUGACGCAUCAGCCUACAAAUCAGGACGCUCCGGAGAGGGGAAGAGAUGAACAUAGGUACAAAAGAACUUGUGAAAAACAUCGCAACACGGACUGUGAAAAGUGCAAUCACAAAAAAGACUAUUCACACAGAAGAUACCACUCUGACUCUCAUUCACACACAUCCAAAUACCGCUCUUCCUCACGCAAUCAUUCACCAUCCCGAAGAAGACACUCCCCUCACCUCUCCCGGAAGUCAAAAAGGACUCGAUCUCGCUCACCAGAGCGGGACAGUUCCCCAGAUGUCAAAAAAUACACUGACAGAGGGGGGAAAUGAUGUAACACUCUCUAGUAGCUUUUUUUUGUUUUGAACACACAGGAGAUCGCUACAUGUCCUAUGAAUGCCUACAACAAUAUGAAGGCAUUCUGCAAAUGUCAAUUUGCAUUAUUUUGCUGAACAAUAAUAUUAAAAUAGCAUUUUUAAAACAGCCUAAAGAUUGAAAUUGAUUGAGAAAGGCUGUUAAUAUAAUUUCAGAACUAUUUUAAUAGGUCAGUGUGUACCCUUGUUUCCUUGAUUUUUGUAUUGUUUGUAUAAACAUGUAUACUUUGUGCGUGUGUACACACUAAGUAAUAUGUUAUAUUGUAACUUAAUGUAAAUUAAAACUUAACCAGCAAUAAACAUGAUGUUCAUAGCUACAGUCGUAAUUACUUGUCAGCAAUAAUUAGCAUAUUCUCAAUAACUGUCUUUGGUUUAAAAAAACGUUUAGAAAUGAACGUUUGUGCAAUAAACGCGAGUGUUUGACGUCGA